AUGCCCAGCCCCCGGAGCAGCCCGUCCCGCCGCGCCGCGCCCAUCCCCAGCCCGUCCCGCCGAGCCGCGCCCAUCCCCAGCCCGUCCCGCCGAGCCGCGCCUGGCCCCAGCCCGUCCUGCGCGGCCGUGGCGCUGCGCUCCCUGCUGGCCGCCGACCUGCGGUUCUCCCGGCAGCUGGGCGUGUGCGCCGGGGAGCGCUCGGCCUGGGGCAGCGCCAGGCCCCUCCUGCGGCUCCUCGAGGUGUCCGGCCACGGCGUGCCCUGGCUGGCGGGCACCCUGUAUGGGCUGGGCCGCAGCGAGAGCCCGGCGGGCCGCGAGGUGCUGCUCAACCUGCUCUUCGCUUUGGUGCUGGAUUUAGUCCUGGUGGCGGUGGUGAAAGGGCUCGUGAGGAGAAGACGUCCCACUCACAACAAGAUGGACAUGUUUGUCACUAUCUCAGUGGACAAAUAUUCCUUCCCAUCAGGCCAUGCUACCAGAGCUGCCAUGGUGUGCAGAUUUGUCCUGCACCACCUGGUGCUCGCCAUUCCUCUGCGGGUCCUGGUGGUUCUAUGGGCCAUCAUUGUGGGUAUCUCCAGAGUCAUGCUGGGCAGACACAACGUGACAGAUGUGGCCUUUGGUUUCAUCAUGGGCUACAUGCAGUACAAUGUGGUGAAAUACUUCUGGCUGUCACCCCUUAGUGCACCUGCUCUCUUUGCAGUGUGGAAUCAGUGAUGGCCAUCAUGAAAAGGAAGAGGCACACAUUGCAGUGUCUUAUGCUGCGUAGAGAGCGUGAACCGGGACUGAAUGAAAGAAUCAUCGUAAGCCUCAUCUGACAAGCAAGACUGACAAUAUCAGCAACAUCAUGCUUCAUUCUGUGGGAUAUGUGGACUCAGGUGGGACAAAACGAGAUCUGUUGGAAAGCUAUUCUUGGUGCCAUCUUGCUCUCAAUGUGCUGCUGGGCCAAAGCAUGUACCAGCCCAUACGGUUGCACUGACCAUCCCAGGAUACGAUCACUCCACAUCUCCUGGUGCUGUAGAAGUUGGACGGAGAUCUGCACACUAGCCAAGCAGCUAAUUCUUAUUUUCUUGGUAUUUAAGAACAUGCAUCAGUAAGAUUUGUGGUUAGUAGAAAUACUGUAAAUCAGCACACAGCAGAGGAUGCCUGUAGUGUAACCGGCUUACUAUCUCAUAUAGCAUAAAUAGUAGAUGUAACUUCUUACAAAUAUUGUUAGAUAGGGACAGUUUUCAGCAAGUAACUAUGUGCUGCAAAUAUACUGAUUGGUGCUGUUGUGGCUGAUUAAUAGUGGGUGUGCCCCCUAGUGGCUUUAGUACAUUAUUCUGACUCGUGGGGUGGAUGCACUUCCUCUGCUGCCUCUUCUAUAAUGUUGAGAUUACAAAGGUUUUGUAAAUCGAUUCUUUCUCCUUCUGAAGCAGCCUGCCCCUCGCUUGCCAGCCACAUUCCAGUUACAGAGCCUCACUUUGUCAAGUGGGUGGCUUGUUGGAAAGGUGAAGGCAUCUGGUUUUGAAUACCUUGGGAAUUGGCAAUUUUGGGAGUGGAAAUGCACAAAUAGGGUUUUAAUAAAGUGUGGAAUGAAUAACCUGGGCUCUGGGGUGUCUGUACCAGCUCUCCUUUAGGCAGGAUGCAGUUUGUCACUGCUCUCCUAGCAGCUGGGUAAGCAGAGCUCCCAUUCAUGUAUUCUUCUGUCAUCAGAGCAGGGCGUUCGAGCAGUUACUCCCCCUUACCUCUCAGUUAAAAGGCAGACAACAUGCAAACAGUUAAUGCCAUAUGAGAACAUGUAAUGUAGAGUUUUUAGGUCUUUAAAAAUAAAUAAGCUCCAUGGAGAUCCUGAUCUGGGGUAUGUAGGCCCCAAUUCAGCAAGAGGCUUCAACACGUGAGCCUGUGACUAGUCCCAUUGAUUUCCAUGGGAUUAUUCAUGUUCUAAAACUUCAGCACAUUGGUUAUAGCACUGCUGUCCACUACAGAAAAAAAAAAAUCAAAAUUACAGUAGAAAUGACAUGCGCCAAACUAUGUUUUGUUAUUUUUCUCCAUUGUAUGAAACUGAUUGUAGCUGAGCAAAAUCAGUUCUAUAAUAAAUGGAGCUCUACACUUGGUGAGACAAAUAGGAAAGAACAUAAAUGUUGUCAUGUAGAAUGGCGAUGAAAAAGCAAUCAACAAAGUAGCCAAAGAGGCAGAAAAUAAAUUCUUUAGCUAGAGCACUGGGUGGAAGUCCCUCUGGGUCUGAUAGGCCUCCAACAAGGAAAAGCUAUUCAAAUAGUUUCUUUGCAUAGCCAAUGAGGAGGAAAUACCCACUAGAUAGUUAUUCUUUUGGGGUUGUGGAGGGAAGGCACUGUGUCUGAAUUGAAAAAAGAAAUUGCAGAACUACUUGAGAAAUUAAAUUCCUAUGGGCAUAUUGUAUUCAUGCAGGAGGUCUGGUGGAAAGAAAAAACUAAGGUCACUUAAAAAAAAAAA